UAUUACAUUAUUUUGUCUACUCUUUUACAGGUAUGAAGACAUAUUUCAUCGCUGGUCGCAACGCAUCCGCCAGCCCUGCAACCAAAUAUCAUGGCAACAUGUCGUCUGUAGCAUCACUGGAUGGGGCUUCAGGGAGCGCGGCCAAUGCGAUGGAAGACACUGACAGCGAGCGGGGCGAAGGGAGCGAGGCAGCAAAGCAGGACUUACAGAGCAGGAAACCAUUGCUCGCCUCCAACACCACCAAUGGCGCUAGUGGCAGCGGGGGUAGUCCAGAGAAGUCUGUUGAGGAGGUCCCAGAGGCAGCUGAGGAAGGCAAGGAUGCUGUCCUCAACCAUGCUGAAAACCAAGCGGGAGGAGACGCCAAGCCUGAGAAUGGAGGGGUCGUAGGUCAGCCAAGUCCAAAAGCCGAAACCCCGCAGGAUGGUCAAGCGAGCCCCCUCACUCUCAACGCAUCCAUCAUCAUGCACCACAACGAAGAACCAAACACCGAGAACCAGCUCACUAAAUUCCUGAAGGAGGAUGGCGAGAUGGACUACUUUGAGAAGCCACCCAUCAGUCAGUUAUCACUUAGGUUCAAUAACAGUGAGGUUGAGGACAAGUACCACUCCCAGUUCACUCCGGACUACAUGCAACCUGACCGACAACAAGAUGCAAACGAUGAUAAGCGCAACGAACGGCGUCAUUCUUCAGAAACCAUCUCCACCACUCGCUACAAUACCCUCCUUGAUGUAUGCAUCGCUUUUGCCACUUUCAUCUUGGUUGGCAUCUCUUGUUUCCUGGUGCUCGACAUCUCUAUCCCCUGGGCUGUCUUAUUCCCUGUCAUCUCCAUCCUGCAGGUGAUCAUCCUCCUGGCCAUGAUCCGGGAAGCAUUCUGCAGGAAUCUAGGCAUCAUCCUGGCUGAGUACAUUGCUGCAUUGUUCCACAACUGGUACCGUCGUCACAUCCUGGGGGCGCUCCUCCUUUGCUGUCCCGUCAUCGCCGUCUUUACCAACUACACGUGCAACGACGAUGGCUGCUUUGGUGAGAACCGGCUCUUCUUCUGUUUCCUGAUCGUGGUGUCCCUCCUGCACUUCUGUAACUUUGUCCAGCUCAACAUGUGGAUGAAGCUUCUCCUGGCAUUGGUGAGCGGUACCAUUCUGAUGGUCCUGCUCUUUAUAUGCAGGAGUUGUCCUGUGAUGGUGGACACCGAGUUCUUUGAUGGUACUGCACCCACACCUUAUGACCUGGUUGAUGCUACACCCACCAUGAUGAGUGACCUGUGUGAAAUGAAUUCCCAUCAUUACGUCAACCCGGAGGAAGUCAUCCUGGUCAUCCUCCUCCUGCUCAUCCUCAUCUUCGUCUUAAAUCGGGAAUACGAGAUCGGAUUCCGUCUCAACUACUACUCCAACUACCAGGCUCUGGUCGAUCACGAGAAGAUGAAGAGUCUCCAGGAGGAAGCAGAGAAACUGCUGCACCACAUUGUGCCACAGUUUGUCACCGAGCAGCUCCGAACCACCUCCAAGUUCUCCCAGAACCACGACAAUGUCGCCGUCAUCUUCUGCAGCAUCGUCAACUUCAAUGACUUCUACGAGGAGGCGUACGAGGGUGGCAAGGAAUGCAUUCGUGUUUUACAUGAACUUAUCAGUGACUUUGACAAUCUGCUCAACGAUCCUAAAUACAAGGAGGUGGAGAAGAUCAAGACGAUAGGUUCUACCUACAUGGCUGCCUGCGGUCUUCGUCCCAGCGAGAAACCAAACAAUGUACAGACAUUAAUCACUCUCAUGGACUUUUCUGAUGAGAUGAUGAUGCAAUUACAGAAAUUUAAUGAUGAUGUUCUCAGCAUGACGAUUGGUGCGUUCAACUUCAUCUUGAGGAUAGGGUACAAUCACGGGAAGUUAACCUCUGGUGUGAUCGGCACCACCAAGCUCCUCUACGACAUCUGGGGUGAUACUGUCAAUGUAGCCAGCCGUAUGGACUCUACGGGUAUGCCCGGGCAUGUCCAGGUUACAGAACACUCUAUGACAGUGCUAGAACCGUAUUAUGAAUUUGAGAAGCGAGGGGAAGUGAAAGUCAGGGGCAAAGGGGAUAUGACAACCUAUCUAUUAGUGAAGAAGAGACCUGUUCCUCUGACGGAGACUCAAUAAAGUUUUGGUGUUUCAGAAAAAUCAGUCAUGUGAGUCUCAACCUGUGAUGAACUCCAGCUCCAUCCCAACCGCAACGAAACGUACAGAGCGACGAUUGAAUUCCUGCACUGCUGAACAGAGCAUCUCACUUACACAUCAACAGUGUAGCACAUGAAUGCUGAGUUCACACACCUUCAGAAUCAUGAUGGAAUCAUUUAAACAGGGUUUAGCUGUAUUCAUAUUGCCAUGUGUCCUCUCUAUUUUGUUUUUACCUGAUAAAUACAUUUGUAUAAUUACUGAAAGCACAGGUGGGAGGAGAUUUAAAUUUCCAUUUUGCUUUCAUGCAGUGAUGAAAGGAAAAUGGUUGACAGAGCCGAAGACGAGUGCAGAAUUAGAGCUGAGUGAUAUUUGUCCACUUCUGCUGGAUACAAGAUGGUGGUUUUGUUUCGACUGGAAUACCGCAGUCACACACUAGACCGACAACAGACUGAACUCAAAAUACAUUACCUUGAAUGGAACAGGGGCCCGUUUCAUAAAACCUGUUAUCUGUAACAACUGCUAAAUUUCUAUGACAAAUUUGCUCUCAGCCAAUCAGAUGCCAUGAUUUCAGUAGCUUAUAACAGUAGCUUGUAACUUGUUAUUGAUAACAAGUUUUAUGAAACGGCCCAGAUUUGGUUGGUUUGGAGACCGUGUAGAGUCGGUUUUUGACAUUGUGACUGAGGUAGGAAAGAAGUAUGUCCUUUGUACAAUACUCAUGGCUAUGCACGCUCAUUUUCUUGAUAACGUGACAUUAUAAAUACUAGGUACAGUUUGCAAUAGCAAAGUAAAGAGAGUAGUGGUCUCUAAAAGGGAUAUGGUAGGUGCACUGUUUUUGCACCAAACCUCUCCACACAAACGCAUGGUGGACACUGUAUCGUCUGUUUGAAACCAAAAGGGCAUUAACGCUGUGUUUAGGUAUGUGAGUUAACGCCGUCUGAUUCUUAAGUGCUGAUAUUGUCAUGCAAGAUGAUGAUACAUCACCAGUCAACAAAUAUAUUGAUCAUAGUUUGGAAAUGGUAGUGGGAGAUAGAAAACAUGUAUUUGUUUCAAACUGUUUUCUGAAAUAUUUGUCCAUGCACAAAGCAAAAAAAAACAUCGAAUUAUCUAAAUGUAGAUGAAUUGUACAUGUUUUAUUUUUAAUCAAAAUUCUCUUGUUUUAUACAAAUCUUAGUUUUCAAGUGCUUUUGCUUUCAUGUAAUAGUAUAGCUUUUAUUAAAGACCCUCUCCAAUGAAAAUACAACUUUAUAUAUUAAUGGAAAGCUGAAUGAACGUAGAAUACGAGUGUAAAGGAAAACAAAGUAUUUCUUCUUUCGGUAUUGUACAAGAGCAAAUUAAAACCUCAUUUUCCACACCCUUUCAAAUUACGCAUGAACAGGGGUCAAACUUGCAGUACCAUAGUGAAGGUGAGGACAUACGGUAAUAUUUUGACCCGAUCGGCUUGCCUAUAUAGCUGAGGUGAAGAGCCCCCAUGGUCCCCUCUUUCUUAUGUUAAUUGACAACUGAUUUGAUGAGAUAACCACCUGCCAGUGGCCACGCAGGGAGGUCUAAUCCCUCCUGGCCAAACUAGUGCAGCUAGGCUUUAAGAGCACUCUUCUUUGAGUGUAGUAACACAACUGCAUAAUACAGCAUUCUAGCACCAGACUUGUAAUUUAAUAUAUUGUCCUGUUUGUGCUUAUCUAUGAUGCUGUCUAUCAUCGUUUGUGAUCUCCAGUAAAUGUGCAACAAUUGGGCCUACCUCCUUCUGAUCUAAACAAAAACUCAAACUCAAAUGUGUGUGUUUACCACAUACCUAUGACAUUUGUCUCAACAUAUAGUUUAUUUCUUGUAGUUUUGAAUAAUCUUUGAUAACUUUCCACAUUUCAUUUAACUCUACUGAACUAUUGGAAAUAGAUGGUAAAUUGGACAAGUAUGCAGCAAAAUUCACAGAUGUUUAUUUUUGUAUAUGAUUUUGAAAAAUUGAAAUAGCAUAAUGAAUUAUGGAAUAGUUUUCAUUCAUCAGGAAAUAUUUGUGUUUAAGCAAUGCACAAUGAAACUGAAAUUACAACAGUGUUAUCAAUUUGUGUGAUGCAUGUAGUUAUAAGAUUAUCUUUUAUAAGUAAUAGUAUACUUUUAUAUGAACUGUUAACCAAUGCCAUAUUAUGUGACAUUUUUAAUAAUCAUAGGCCUGUAUCAUAAUAUUAAAGUGAAAAAAUGAAUUGACUUUUUCCAUUGAAUUAGAAGAAAAGAUGAUGAAACGGAAUAAAAUGAUGGCAGCAGAAAGUCUAUAUCUAAUCUUUGAUUGUAGGAGUUAAAUGAAGGGGCUGAGUAAGAUCAUGAAUCAAAAUUUAUUCCUGGAAUUUGCUAGGAUUUGGAAUAUAGAUUUAUCAUAAAAAUAUGCAGGCUGUUUAAAAAA